CCUUUAUUUGCACCGCAUUUGUUCUCUUGAAUCUCUCUUUCUCUCUCUCUCUUUCUUUCUUUCUCAUCUGAAAUUCAUCACAGAGGAGAAGGAGAGAGAAAAGAGAAUGUUCCAUGCAAAGAAGCCGGCGAGUAUGAAUUCGAGUUCACAUGAAAGAGCCAUGUGUACUGUUCAAGGCGACUCUGGCUUAGUCCUCACCACCGAUCCCAAACCCCGACUUCGCUGGACCGCCGAACUCCACGAACGCUUUGUAGAUGCAGUUUCUCAGCUCGGAGGACCCGACAAGGCCACCCCCAAGACAAUCAUGAGAGUCAUGGGAGUGAAAGGUCUUACUCUUUAUCACCUCAAGAGCCAUCUUCAGAAAUUCAGGCUUGGAAAACAGCCUCAUAAGGAAUUCAGUGAUCACUCCAUGAAAGACGCUUCAGCUUUAGAACUCCAUCAACGAAAUUCAGCUUCUUCCUCGGGAUUAAUAGGACGUAGCAUGAAUGACAGUAAUGUUCACAUCACUGAUGCAAUCAGGAUGCAAAUGGAGGUGCAGAGAAGAUUGCAUGAACAACUAGAUGUGCAGAGACACCUUCAGCUGAGAAUUGAGGCUCAAGGAAAAUACAUGCAAACCAUCCUCGAGAAAGCUUGUCAGACAUUAGCCGGAGAGAACAUGGCGGCGGCCGCCGCCGGAAACAUGAACUAUAAAGGAGUAGUUGUGGCGGAUCAAGAUUUCGGUCCCCAAACAAAUUUUCCCUUGAUUCAAGACCUAAACAUUUACGGAGGAGGUAACAACGAUCAAAACCAUCAUCAACAACAACAACUCGAGCUUCAUCAUCAGAACCACAUGGAAAGACCGGCCCACCUCGAUGGAUUCAUGGUCCAAACAAACAACUUAGACGGCGGUUUCAUAUCACUUGGUAAGAAGAGACCAAACCCUUAUAGCAACAACAAUAACAACGGGAAAAGCCCCUUAAUGUGGCCAGACGAAAUUCGCGGUCUACAAGACCUAGGGUCGGCAGUAUCGACUCAAGAUGAUCAUUUCAAGAUCGAGACGGAGAAUUCGAACCAUCACCACCACAUGACGGAGAUGUUUGACACCAAACCGAUGCUCUCCGACGACUCCAUGGGAGAUCAAAAGAAGUUUGAUUCGUCAACAAAUAAGCUAGACCUACGACAUUCCCCAGCAAGAAGAACAAUUAUUUCACAUGGAAGAAGCUCUCCUUUCGGGUGAUUAUAUAUAUAUAAUUACAUCGAUCUUUUGUUAACAUUAAUUAAACUACUGUAUGAACAUGAAUUGUUACUUAAUUUCAUAAUAACUCAGUUUUUAUACAUUGCAUUGUUCUUAAUUAAUUACCAGUUAGAUUAAAAAUCUUUUCCA